ACAACCAACAACCAACAACCAACAACAACAACAACAACACCUGCUAGCUUCCUGACCUUGCGACAAGGAAGUCACCUGCUUUACAAGUCCAGGAGUCCUGAGGUGGGACAAGGUUGUCCAUGAGUCCUGAGGUGGGCCAAGGUGAUCCAGGAGUCCAAGAGCAGCUGAAGGUGGAGCAGUGACAACACGAAUAUGGACCAGGAGGAUGACAAAAAUUCGGUGGACAUCCACGACAACCCCCCCGCCCCCGACAACGUGGUGAAGGAGGAUGGUGACACGGUCUACUUCAUCUACGAGGAGGAGGUGGAGGUGGAGGAGAAGGAACCAGAACCUCCUCCUCCGGUGGUCCGGGUCAAUGACAAACCUCACAAGUUCAAGGACCACUACUGCAAGAAGCCCAAAUUCUGUGACGUCUGCGCUCGCAUGAUCGUCCUCAACAACAAGUUUGCUCUGAGGUGCAAGAACUGCAAGACCAACAUCCACCACUCCUGUCAGUCCUAUGUGGAGUUCCAGAAGUGCUUUGGCAAAAUACCGCCUGGCUUCAGACGAGCGUACAGUUCUCCUCUUUAUGGCAGUGACCAGCCUGAUCCAAACAACCCUAACCGUAACGACCCAGUGUUUGACACCCUGAGAGUGGGAGUCAUCAUGGCCAACAAGGAGCGCAAGAAGAAUGAGAACGACAAGAAGAAUAUGAUGAUGAUGAUGGAGGAAGAGGAAGAUGACAACCAGCAGCCCAAAGAGAACGAGGAAGGAGGAGAAGGAAAGCCAGAAGAAAAGAAGGAUAAAGGAGGAGAAAAGGCAGAUGAGAAAACCAAGGGCACUUUCUCCCAGUCUCACUACUACCUGGCACUCUACCGCUUCAAAGCCAUAGAAAAGGAUGACCUGGACUUCCACCCGGGUGAUCGCAUCACAGUGCUGGACGACUCCAAUGAAGAGUGGUGGAGGGGCAAGAUGGGUGAGAAGAGCGGUUACUUCCCCACCAACUACCUGAUCAAGGUGCGUGCCUCUGAGCGCGUCUACAAGGUGACUCGCUCCUUUGUGGGCAACAGAGAGAUGGGACAGAUCACUCUGAAGAAGGACCAGAUCGUGGUGAAGAAAGGAGACGAGAAGGGAGGUUACUUGAAGGUCAGCACCGGACGCAAGCUGGGAUACUUCCCCUUGAACCUGCUGCAGGAGAUCACUGUCACAUAAACAACAACAUAUCUAAAUAAACAACAACAAUAACAAGCUGGGAUACUUCCCCUUCAACCUGCUGCAGGAGAUCACUGUCACAUAAACAACAACAUAUCUAAAUAAACAACAACAACAACAAUAUCAUAUUCACUCGGUUAAAGAAACAACAACAACAAUAUCAUACUAACUUGGCUAAAUAAACAACAACAAUAUCAUAUUCACUCAGCUAAAUAAACAACAACAAUAUAUUCACUCAGCUAAAUAAACAACAACAAUAUAUUCACUCAGUUAAAUAAACAACAACAAUAUAUUUACUCAGCUCAAGCAGGGAUGUCCAAAGUGUGGCCCCAAGCUGAUUUUUUAACCUACAAUUGUUAGCAUAUUAGAAUGCUAGCUUUUUUUUUUUGCAAAUUUUGCAGGUAAUCACCUCAGAGUCAAAUAUUUUGCUAUUUGACGAAUGAUACUGGUUAGCAUGCUAAUAUUAAUUAUUUAAGCUUAUUUUGUUGGUAUACACCUUAGUCAUAUUUUAAUAUACCAGUCAUAUUUUAAUAUACCAGUCAUAUUUUGAUAUUUCAUGCAUGCCAAAGGUGCUAAUUUUGCAGGUAAUCACCUAAAGUCAAAUAGUUAGCUACUUGACGAAUUAUACCUGUUAGCAUGCUAACAUUAAUAUGCUACAUUUUUUUGAAGCUAAUUUUGUCGCAACAAAUCUCUGUCAUAUUUUGGCACUUGAUGCAUGCUAACUUUUUUUUUGCUCAUUUUGCAGGUAAUCACCUCAGCGACAAAUAUUUUGUUACUUGACGAAUGAUACUUGUUAGCAUGCUAACUCAGUAUACUAGUUAUUUUAUGGCGAAAAAAAAACAUGCAUUAGUUUUCUCCUCCAAAAAUUUCAUUUGAUUUCUAUUCAUUAUUAUUUUUUGAGUAAAAAACAAAAUCCCACUAAACAUCUUGGGGAUCCAAAAGGGUCCCACUCAUAAAAGAGUUAAAAAUAAGUCAUACUUUUACUUAAGUCAACUUCAGAUCUAUCAGUCAAUUAUAAGUUUUUAUUCAAUGUUUUUUAAAAUAUUUUUGUUCUAUGCCCAAAGAAAUCUGCCUUUAAUGUGAAAUAGUUGCCUUAAAGUAUAUUUCAAUGUGGAAUAUUUGAUGUAGUAAUUGGAGCCUUGAAUACAUCAAUAAUUCACAACAAUAUUUACAGUUUUUAAGAAAAACAUAUCUUGCAUGGCAACUUUUGCUCUUUUAUUCCACUUUUUAAUGUUUUUAAUAGUAUUCCUAGUAUGAAAAUGAGCACUUUGGACACCCCUGCUUUACAACAAUAAAAAGUUUUAAUGGGGGCAAGCAUUUAAUGUAGUUUUGUGUAAAAGUAUUUUUAGUGGACUAUUCAUAACAUAUCUACAUCGUUGACAUUUACAACACAUAUUGUAACGACCUGCUGGGGUUGAUGUUGUGGGCGGUGUUCAGAGUUCCCAAGGUCAUGAACGCACCACGCCUGGGAGGUGAUUGGCGGAGAAGGAGGAAGUGUUGUGGAUGCGGAAAUAAGAUAAACGUGUUGGAUAUGAGCUGUGUUUGCACAGGUUGGUCAAUACAAGUUAAAAAGAGCGUCAGACUUUGUGUGCACUUCUUCUGCACGCUAAGAUGUAUCGUCAGGAAUGUACCAGUUAAAUAUAUGAAUUUUCAAUGUCAAAUAUUAGUGAGUGGUAAUUGCCGUGAUAAAACGGAGAAAGUGUGUAGUAUUAAAACUGACAAUUAUAAAAUAAAACAACUUAUCAGAUAUA